AUGGCUCCUCAAGUGGCAUGGAUUGGUAUUGGAAACAUGGGCAGAGGCAUGUGCAAGAACCUCGUAGAGAAAGGCCAACUCGAUAAACCCCUCAUAAUAUUCAACCGCACAACAAAGCGCGCAAAGGAACUUAGCAAGUCACUUCCUUCCGGGAAAUCAACCGUCUCUUCUUCCAUUGCAGAUGUUGUGUCCAAGUCCGAUAUCAUCUUCACAUGUGUAGGUGAUGAUGCUGCUAUUAAUGAGACAAUCGAUGCAGCUAUCAAAAAUGGCGCAUCGGGAAAAUUAUUCGUCGAUUGUUCGACUGUUCAUCCAGACACUACGGAAGGAUUGGCAAAGAAGAUUGGUGCUGCGGGGGGAGACUUCGUUGCAUGCCCAGUUUUCGGUGCCCCUGCUAUGGCAGAUAAUGGACAGCUCGUCUGCGUACUUGCUGGGCCAAAAGAAAGCGUAGAGAAAGUGAAGCCUUACACCAAAGGAGUUAUUGGGAGAGCUAUCGUCGACUUCGGCGGACAACCAGUAGGAAAAGCCACAUUACUGAAAGUCAUUGGAAAUACCUUUAUUCUCAAUAUGGUUGAGACUCUUUCGGAGGGUCACGUUCUUGCAGAGAAGUCAGGCUUGGGCAAUGAUAACCUCCAUCAGUUCAUCGAAACAAUGUUUCCAGGUCCAUAUGCCGCUUAUUCAGGUAGAAUGUUAUCGGGCGAUUAUCACAAACGGGAAGAACCAUUAUUUGCAGUCGACUUAGCCAGGAAGGAUGCAAGACAUGCGAUGGCAUUGGCAAAGAGUGCCGGUACUCGUUUGAAGGACGUCGAAGUCGCAGACGCUCAUUUGGAGCAAGUGAAGAAUCACCAGGGGGCAGCUGGCGACAUUGCUGCCAUUUAUGGAGCAGUUAGACAAGAGGCUGGUCUGAAAUUUGAAAAUUAG